AUGAAAUUCAUAAUUUUCACCUUCGUAACUUGCCUGGUUCUGGCCACGUGCUACGCGCACAUCGGCGGCGGCGCGGCGCUCCAGAACAUCAGCCCACAAGUCUACUGUGGCAGAUCUUUGGCCAGAGCUAUGGCCUUCCUUUGCUUUGAGGAAGAUGGCUUCGAAAAACGAUCCGAUAUGGGAACCAUGUAUGGACAAAUUCUGCCCCCGUAUUACAAAGAGCAAGAUGUCCAGAUGGGUCUGCCGUGGGCUGGUCGGGCACGAAGCUUGUCCCUUGCGGGCCGUGGCAAGCGCACCCCCGGCAUCGUCACCGAGUGCUGCGACAAACCCUGCAGCAUCAACGAACUUCUCAGCUACUGCUAAAUACCAAAUUACUAUUGCAACUUAUUGUAUAUUAUAUAGGAUUUCAUUAUAAAACAUUACAUCACACGCUUACACUAUGUAAC